AUUGCGGCAAUAUUAAGUGUCAAACAUAUAAAUGAAAAGUGAAAAACAAAAUGGCUACGAAAAUUAAAGCUGAGCUGAUUGAGCUAGGUUUUCCGCAACGUAUUUUGGAUAUUUUAGACAAUAACGGAUUAGUUGAAGACGAUAUAAACAAGGCUAUUGAGUUCCUCAAAGAAAAGGGGCUUGUGUCUGUUGAUGAGAACGCAAAUGAAAUUUCUUUGAUAUUUCCGGAUGAGGAAAUCGUUAGGGGUCAAGACAGUGCAUCAAAUUUAAUUGAUCCAGAACAAAUGCUAGUCCCAGAGCUUGGUGGUUCAUCAACUCAGAAUUUUACUUCGUUCCAAGUCACACAGAAUCGAGUACUGCUUUCUCCACACGCAUCACCUUUGGAGGAGGUUACAGCUAAGGAAAACGUAAUUGUAGUUCAUCGUAAUAUUUCGGCAAAAACAAAUAACACACCGGAGAGCAACAGUUGUACAGACUACGGGAAAGAGAAUACCCUGCAUACGAAUACAGAACUGACUCCCGAAAGUCUAUACAAGAUACUGUCGGAAUCCUUAACAGGUAACGAUAUUCUCAAAUUGGCAAAAGUUGGUCCAUUAUCAGAACGUAGACAACUCGAGUUGGCUGGAAUUCUAGCACAAUGGCACCUGCAAAAUAAGAAAAAGCUUGUCGAAAAUGACUUAAGAAAGUAUGCGCAAGUAAUAACAAUUUUAUUGAAAUCCGAAAAAGAGGUACUUUUUAAUUUAUUUUCAUAAAAAAAACAAACACAUAAAAGAAACCCGAAAUUUUUUUAAAUAAAUUGUAAACAUGUUAUAUAUUAUAGGACACAUAUUUUCUCCCAAGGAACGGCGAUAAGAAAAAUCCCGGUGGGAAAAUUUAUAAUAAAAUUUGCAACUUAAAAACAAAAUUUCGAAAACGAAAAAUAGAUGAUUUAAAUCAUCUACAGAAGUACAGCAAUUCCGGUAAUAUACGACAAGAUAAUUCAUUCGAAUUGAAUCAGGGCACUGCAUGGGAAGCCUUGGAAUGGCUUAACCAUAAUGAUGGCCCUGGGAGUACAGUCCUCGACAUGUGGAAGGCAAGUUUCUCAUUACGGAAAAUCUAUAUUGGCAAACCAAACGCUAAAGAAAAUUUAAUAGAAGCUAACCUGUGGCGAUUUCUUCUAUCGGAAUACGGU